CGCAACAGACGGGUAACUGAAUGGCACCGGCUGGCAUUGAUCUUGAUCCGUGACACGUCAUAGAAAGGACCAUGACCUAACGCCACAACCCUUAUGUAAAGUGAUGUGAAAAUGAGCAGGAUAGUUCUGUUGUGUGCGUUGUAUGCCCUGCUCACCCUCGUCACUGCCUCGCCGACCCUGACCCUGAGCAAGAAGCUUGCUGUCAUUAGAGAGAACACCGCAAAGACGGAGUACCUGUCGGAGGUCAACUGUAGUGACCCGGACAACGACCCCACCACCGCCGUCAUCACCAACGUCUCGCCGUCUACCACAGCGUGCGGUAGUUGCUUCGUCCUGCUGACCUGCCCUACGUCAACCAACAAAUGCCUCCAGUACAAAACAGGGCAGGGAACUCUGGAUUACUCCAUCACCCCGAGUUACCUCUUCACCAUCGAGUGCCGGGACAACAAGGAGACCCCAGAUAGCGAGGUCGUGGAGGUCAGGGUCAUACCCAACUCGCCCCCUUACUUUGACCCCUACGUGCUGUACGACGCCGGCAGUAUCAGUGUCAGUGGCGGCCCUACAACAAUAAUCAAGGACGUGAACGCCAUAGACCCUGAUGGAGACACCAUAGAGUACAGCAUGGUCGUCUCACCGUCCUCGUCGUCAGCUAACUACAAGAUAGACAAGACAACAGGUGUGAUAAAGCCGUUAAUUGACAUGAGGAAAGAAUGUAGACCUGACAUCUCGUUCAGUGUGUACAUCAGUGAUGGGAAAAAUAAAGUGGGACCACUGGUCAUUGAUAGAAAUAUUACAGGCGCCAACGUGGCACCAAUAGCCACCAACCUGAACACCAUAGUCCAGAUACCUGAGACAACCACUGGCACGGUGUUUGAGAUGGUUGUUGUGGACAACCCGUCGGACACCGUGACCUUCACAACCACAGCAGACAACACCCCUGGCUUCAACCAGUUCACAUUCCCGUCUUCUGUAUCUGGCGGCAGUGUAAAGAUCACGGCUGCGGCUUUGGAUUACGAGAAGAAAGAAUUGCGAGAAACGAACAUCAACAUUCAGUUUACUGACGGCUAUUGUACCUCACCCACGUACAAGCUAACCUUAAGGGUGAUAGAUGUCAACGAGCCGCCCAGCAUAUCCCCCACCAUCCUGCCACUCACAAUGUGUGAGGGAAAAAUCCAGAUAGAGAACGGGUUUACCUUAACAGACCCCGACGAAUCGGACUACUGGACCUGGUCAUUUGAACCACCCAGGGACGACUUCCAAAUCGACCCACAGACCGGUGCCAUUAAAUCUGUUGUGGACUACGAUCUGGACAAGGCGGGGCUACAGAACAAACUUGAGAACCUCGUCGUUAAGGUCAAGGACAAAGGCUAUUUGCCGAAUAAGAACGAGCCACAGGGUACGGCUACGGUGGCUUUGACCCUCAACGACUGUAAUGACAAUGCUCCGGUCUUUGAUACCCAGUUUGUGGAGAACCUCGAACCCACAGAAUGUACCCCGGCAGGCACAAUCCUCGGCUCCAAGCUUAAAGCCACAGACAAAGACUCAUCUUUCAAUCAAAAUAACGUGAUCGAAUACUCAGGAUCCGGAGGAGCAGUGGCUGUAAACGCCAAUGGUGACCUUGUUGUUCUAGAGGUGUUGCCUGCGGGUACUGUACUCACCUUUGAGGCCUACGCCUUUGACAAAGGUAAAGUACCUGGGCCCUUGAAGAGCAAGAACCCUUGUGUCGUCAGCGUCGCCUUCAAGCCGUGCCCCACCACACCACCACCUGUUGUUGUCGUCACCGCUACACCCGCCGCCGCCACAACAUCAAAGACAUCAUCAUCUAGCAGCAGCAGCAGUAUCAAUUCCCUGCUCCCCUGGAUCAUUGUGGCUUCCAUUGCUGGAGCCUUCAUGCUUGGCCUGCUGAUCUUCAUGGUCUGUCGGUACGGUCAGCUGUGUGGAAACGCCUGCAAGAACUGGAACUGUGGCAAGGACUGCUGUAGACCAAAGCCCAAAAGGCAGAGGAUUCUUGUUAGAAGUCGUUCAAAUGAAAGAAUUUUCUUUUAAUCCAGAGAACGUUUUAAAGACUUUUAAACACCUAGCUUCACAUUUCAGGCCUAGAUUAAGUACUGCAAACUUUUCAUACAAGAAUAGUUACAUUUUUUUAAAACGACCAUUAUGAUAUAUUUUGAUACUUUUUUUUAUUUUAAUAAAAAUUAAAGAGUGGUCUUUGAGGUCAUUCUAUUUAAACAUUGAUUUCAUCAGCUUCAAGGUUGGAACUAGCUUAACAUAA